AUGACAACGAUGACCAAGCCCCGCUGGAACAGCUCCUCCAACGUCGCCUCCAAGGCCACAUUGACUCCCGUGACGCGCACCACGGUGCCGCCGCGCCCCCGCGUCCGGCAGACCACGGUAGCCCGUCCCGUCCAAGUAGCCGCACCAGCACCUCGCACGCCUGCACGCGCGCGACCGACCACCGAGACGCGUCCAGUCCCAUUGCCUACCACCACCAUCGCCACGGCGCAAGCAUCGCGCAUCGCUGCGCUGGAAGCCCAACUGGCCGCCGUGACCACCGAGUCCAACGCCCGCCAAACUCGUAUCCUCGAGCUCGAGACGAGUCUCGCGACGGCGACGACCGAGCGCAAGUUUUACGAAACCAGCUCCAUGCAGCACUUUGACACCAUCUGCCAUCUCAAGAUCGACGCGGUCGUCCAGGAGGCGGAGGUCGGGCGCCUCGGCGCAGACCUCAAGAAGCAGCAACUGGACCACGACCUUCUCGUGGCUGCCAAAGACGACCAGAUCGCAGAGCUCACGACGACUGUCAAGACCCUCGAGAAGCUGCUCGAGACCGCUGUGGCAGCCUCGGACGCAUCCAAGAACGACCAAGUCCAGCAGCUGCAAGCGCAAGCUCGCUAG